UCGCGCGGUUAUCGAUUGACCGAUCGAGACCAUCUAAUUAUACUACCCUCGAAAUGCACUAAUUUCUGUGAAACCGCAGCCUAUAAAAGAGGACCAUGAUCGAGGGGCGAAUCUUUAGUGUUAAUUUAAAUUCAUCGUGGUCAAGUUGCGGUCGUAUAGAACAAGGAUAAUUCGGAUGGCUCGUGAGCACCGUCCGCGGUGAUUUUGUCCUCGGAACGUGAGUGUGGUUGGAUAGAAGAGUUGUGCUGAAACAUAUCUAUUGCGGUGAACCCUUGCCAAGUGCCAAGUGUCGUCAUUGCACCAGACUUAAACAUAGUGAUCAAUCAUGGAGCCGAAUCGAUUCAAAGUGCAGACGGUUAUACAGAUCCAAAAUGGUCACGAUCAGUCCGGUGCCCCUGAACCACAGGCCCAGUUCCGGUGGCUAGAUGACGAAGUGAAGUUGCAAGUGCCAGACUUGAAAAACCGCAAUAUCAACAAUCGGGUGUCUCCGGCCCCCGCAACGGCUGAAGACCGUCGAGUCAGCAUCAUGGGAGUAACUAGGGAUCCGCUGCCACGAUUGGAUCACUAUCGAACGUCGUUGCGAAAAAAUAAGCGGCCCUCGAUUGGCGAACUUCAUGGAGAUAGCGACGCCAAAGAUAAGAAACAGGAACUAGAACCGGAAGAACCGAAACCCACCGGACAUCUCAUCAGGUUGGGCUGGAUCCAAGGUGUCCUCACGCCAUGUCUGCUCAACAUUUGGGGUGUGAUGCUCUUCCUGCGUCUCAGUUGGGUUGUGGGUGAAGCCGGAAUCGUCGAUACCAUGCUCAUCAUGCUGCUUUCCUAUAUGGUAUGUGUCAUUACGACCCUCUCGCUAUCGGCCCUCUGUACCAACGGCCAGGUGAAAAGCGGUGGUAUUUACUAUAUAAUCUCACGAUCAUUGGGACCGGAAUUCGGGGCAUCGGUGGGCGUGGUCUUUGCGUUUGCCAACUCCGUCAAUGCUUCCAUGAACACUAUCGGUUUCUGCAGUUCGUUGAACGAUCUGCUCGCUUCCUACGGUAUCAAAAUAAUUGAUGGCGGAGUUAACGAUAUUCGUAUCGUUGGAACAAUCGCACUCAUAGUUAUGGUGGCCAUCUGUGCAGUAGGCAUGGAUUGGGAAGUUAAAGCACAGAAUUUCCUGCUCGUGGCUAUCUUGGUAGCUAUUGGAGCUUUCGCAGUCGGAGCGAUCAUGGGACCCAGCAGUGAUGUUGAUAGAGCCAGAGGUUUUCUAGGGUUUUCAACGGAAGUCGUGUCGUCAAACAUGGGUUCAUUGUAUCGGUUCAGCGAAGGUAUCCAGCAAAACUUUUUCAGCGUGUUUGCCAUCUUCUUCCCCAGCGUUACUGGUAUCCAAAGUGGUGCUAACAUUUGCGGAGAUCUGAAGGAUCCUGCCAGCGCUAUUCCGAAGGGUACUCUGUUGGCUUGCCUGGUUUCGGCUAUAUCUUACGUUAUAUUUGCCCUUUUUGCUGGUGGUGUGGCUGUACGAGAUGCCUCCGGAAAUCUUACGGAUCUGGUUGGAGUCAACUUCACUUCUUGCGAUACUGUACUCAACGUAAGGACAACACUUUUAGACAAUGAAAACUGUUUACUGAUUCCAAAUUUAUAUUCACAGAACUGCAAAUACGGAUUAAACAACGACUACGCCAUCAUGCAGCUGAUUGCUGCCUCUAGUAUGCUGAUCUACAUCGGAUGUUGGGCAGCUACACUCAGCACUGCGUUGACCAAUCUUCUAUCCGUUCCGCGUCUAAUCCAAGCCCUCGGAAUCGAUCGAAUUUACCCAGGAUUGAUCUUCUUCUCGAAAGGCUACGGAAAGCAUUCGGAACCAUAUCGUGGCUACGUUCUGGUUUUCCUUGUUUCCUUUGCUUUCAUUAUGAUUGCUGAUCUUAACACAAUUGCCCCGCUGAUCUCGAACUUCUUCUUGGCUUCGUACGCCUUGGUGAACUUCUGCACAUUCCACGCUGCUACUGUCAAACCUUUGGGAUGGCGCCCAACCUUCCGGUACUUCCAUCCUUGGCUUAGCAUGGGAGGAUCGCUACUAUGCGUGGCCAUCAUGUUCCUGAUCGAUGUAGUUUCAACAUUUAUCACAAUUGUGAUCAUCUUCAUUUUGUACCUGAUGGUAAUCUACCGGAAGCCAGAUGUGAACUGGGGUUCAUCGACUCAAGCUGCGGCAUACAAAUCUGCCCUGAACUCUGCCCUAAAUCUGGAACAGGUGGAUGAUCAUGUCAAAAACUACAACCCACAGUUGUUGGUUCUGAGCGGUAACCCAUUGCAUCGACCUAACCUGUUGAAUUUCGCCAAUUUGAUAACCAAGAAUCAGUCGUUGAUGAUCGUUGGCAACGUAGUGGAGGAGAAGCUGAACUACAAAGAGAGAAAGGCGUACAUUCAAAGCGGGAAAAAAGUGCUAAAAGACUUGAAGAUCAAGGCAUUCUACAGCGUACUGGAUGGGCUUCCGUUCGACGAGAGCGUCCGAGCGAUGAUUCAAUCGACCGGUUUUGGACGACUUUCGCCAAAUAUUUUGAUGGUCGGAUACAAACAGGACUGGCGCACAUGCGGCAAUGCAGAACUUCACAGCUACUAUAACAUCUUGCAUAACGCCUUCGACAAUCGACUAGCGCUUACCAUUCUACGAUUGCCGAAUGGACUCGACUGCUCGCAUCUGGUUCCACCGAAACCCGCACUGGAUCUUGCCGAUUCGGCACUGACCAUCAUGUCAUCGAUGGCAUACAUCAACACCCCACAGGGACUGCGAAUCCAGAAAGGCCUCAUGCCGGUCAACUCGAAUUUGGAUCUUCAUGGAAUGGCACCCAGCAGCGAGCAGAUCAGUGUGAACGUUCCAAACGAAGCACAAGACAACAAAACAACUCCUGAAGCAGCUGCUCCAAGCCAGGAACUUAACAUAUUCCGCGAGAAGCAACCAGCCGGAUAUAUCGACGUAUGGUGGCUGUACGACGAUGGCGGCCUCACCAUUUUGCUCCCGUACAUCAUUUCCACUCGUUCGAAGUGGUCCGAAUGCCAGAUACGAGUAUUUGCCCUUGCCACUCAGCAGACCAAUGUUGAGGAGGAACGCGAAAACAUGACAAUUCUACUCGAAAAGCUACGCAUCAACUACGUAUCGCUGAUCAUGGUCACCCUAUCGGACAAACCGCAAGAAGCAACAAUCCAAUCGCACAAGGCGCUACUCGGUACCCUCGUCGAGGGUCAGGAAACGGAUGUAUUCGUGAGUGCAUCGGAACAGGCUCAACUGGAAGAGAAGACGUACCGUCAACUUCGGUUGAGAGAACUGCUCCAGCAGUAUUCCAAGAACGCUUCGCUGAUCGUCCUUUCCAUGCCGAUUCCGCGAAAAGGAAUCGUAUCCGCUCCGCUCUACAUGUCUUGGCUAGAGAUGCUGACGAAGGAUAUGCCACCGUUCCUGUUGGUGCGGGGUAACCAAACCUCGGUACUUACGUUCUAUUCUUAGGAUUAAGAUAAAUGAAAUAAUUCAUCAAUACGAAUACAUGUAAAAUCUCAGGGAGAUAAUAAACAAACACAUCAAUUGGAGCAACACUUUUAAUGUAACAUAAAAUAAGUAA